UUCUGAUAACAAAGGAAGAGCUCUUCUUUGGAGGGAAGAAGAAGAAGAAGAAGAAGAGAGAGAGAGAGAGUUACCAGAGACAGAGAGUUGGAAGAGAUGGCGCCGGUCGGAUUACCACCAGGUUUCAGGUUCCAUCCCACCGAUGAAGAGCUCGUAAAUUACUAUCUAAAGAGGAAAAUCCAUGGCCUCAAGAUAGAGCUUGACAUCAUUCCUGAAGUUGAUCUUUACAAAUGUGAACCUUGGGAAUUAGCAGAUAAAUCGUUCUUACCAAGUAGAGAUCCUGAGUGGUAUUUUUUCGGGCCACGGGAUCGGAAAUAUCCUAAUGGAUUUAGAACAAACCGUGCAACUAGAGCUGGAUACUGGAAAUCUACAGGGAAGGAUCGGCGUGUUAGCUAUCAGAAUCGGGCCAUCGGUAUGAAGAAGACAUUGGUUUACUACAGAGGUAGAGCUCCUCAGGGAAUCAGAACAGACUGGGUGAUGCAUGAAUACCGCCUCGACGACAAGGAAUGCGAGGACACCAUGGGACUUCAGGAUUCAUAUGCAUUAUGUCGUGUUUUCAAGAAGAAUGGGCCAUGUACAGAAAUAGAAGAGCAAGGUCAAUGUAGCAUAUCAUUACUAGAGUCCUCCCAAGGGAUUAUCAAUGACUAUGAAACCAUGUCGCCUGAUGUGCCUGUUGGGUCAUCAUCAUGCAUGGAUGAAGAUGACAAAGAUGAUGCAUGGAUGCAAUUCAUCACAGAGGAUGCAUGGUGUUCUGCUAGUGCAUCGACUGGUGGCGAUGACUCAGGAUGCAUGGCUUUCGCUAAUUAAAGAGAAAGCAUGUCAUGAUUUGGAUAUAAACUUGCUGUAAUAAGGGACAAUUUUUAAGAUGUUGGUUCAAAAAAAUUUAAAAUUUUCAUAUUUAGGUCACAUCUAAUUGUACGUGGCACUGUAUCCGACGGUCGUGAUGUGUCGCGUUCGGGCGGUUCCAGUUCUUACAUGGGUCUGCAGGGUUUGGUUUGGCCUUUCCUUUAAGGCUGUUUGGAUGUAUUUUGUGGAAUAAUAACUUUAAGUGAUUUUGUACAAAGUGUAUGGCAAAUUGCUCACAUUCAUGUAUUGGGGCAUUUGGGAAUAAUGUAAAACUACAAUGGGUAUUUGUG